AUUUAUGCGUACUGAGUUGUAAGAAAAUACACUGAAACAGAUGUUAUUGCAACUGAAGUGAUUUUAUGUUCAAGUGACGUGCUCACAGUUGGUAGAGUCCAAUGUCCUCUGCCUGCACGGUGACGAACUGAAGGCCACGGCUUGGAAUAAACAGGAGGAACCAUGGUAAACUUUGUAGCAUUCGCCCGGGCACAUUGGGUGAAUGUUUUGAUACCAGUUGGCUUUCUGCUUGGGAUGUAUUUUGACAGACAACAGGACCAGAAGCUGACAGCUUUCAGGAACAAAAGCGCUCUGUACAGCAGGGAACUGAAGCCUGGCGAGGAGGUGACCUGGAAGUAGACUGGUCCUAUCCAAAGUGUGUCCUGUCAUCUGUGGUGUAAAUGACCAAUGGAUGUCCCUCAAAUCAGUAAAUUUAAGAAGACCUCUAUAUUUCUGUUAAUGAGUUGUAUCAACCAGUAAUAAACAUGCAAUUUGUCAUUAAAA